AUGCCUUUUCAUAGCCUAAUACAACAUCAAACUGAUUACGAAAUCAUACCGACCCAACGUCCUGUACCAUUACCUUGUAAACAUUGCAAAUGUCCAAGUUUUCAUGUGAUGCCUAAAUGUGGAAGUCAAAUUGCACGAUGUCAUUGUAAACAUUAUGCAACGGAACAUAGUGUGACAGCACCUUAUUUUUGUUCAAAUUCCAAUUGUAAAUGUAGUGGUUUUCGAACAAGUAUGCGUUGUGAUUGUGGCAUUGAAUUGCAUAAACACGAAAUGAUUAUGGAAACCGCUGAAGAACGUCGUAGUAGAGGUAAACCAAUCGGUCAACCGUCACCAUAUCAAGCUAUGGGUGGUCUAACUGGAUUUAGUUCACUGGCAUCAGGUAUUCAACGUAUGGAUCCAAGUGGUGCAGGCCCGUUGUUGUCAGAAGAAGAAAUAAAUGCAUCAAUUACAUCAGAAGAUCAUCCAUUUCUCCGAAGUCAUGCACAAGGAAUUUUCAAUUAUAAAUUAGCAAUAAAUGAUAUGGCAGGUGCUGAACGUGAACGACAUGAAGUUGAGUCACAGAUGCGUCGUCCAGGAGAAUCUGAAUUAGAUUAUUAUGAACGUCGUUAUCAAGAAAGAGAAAAAGGUAAAUAUAUUAAGAAAUCUUGAACUAGGAUAAACGUUGGUCGAAUCUUAAAUUGAAA